UCCUUUGCCAAAAUAACUAGUUUCAAUUUGUGCUUGUAGUAAGCAUUGUUAUCGUUUUUUGUGCUUUAAUCUGAAAAUGUCUUGCUGCAGUGGUAAAUGUGGGUGCGGAAGCAGCUGCGGUUGUGGCAGCAACUGUGGCGGUUGCAAUGCAGAGAAAUCAACCACAGAGAUUCUUGUUUUGGGUGUUGCACCUGUGAUUGCCCAGAUCGAUGGUGUUGAAAUGGGUGUUGCAGCUGAGAACAGUGGUUGCAAGUGUGGAUCAAACUGCACCUGUGACCCUUGCAACUGUAAGUGAGGUGCAGAUGACAGGGUGAAGCAGAGAUAGUUCGUACCCUCCAUUAGUUGCAGAAAAAUAGCUAUGUGUCUGUGUUUGUUGUGUAGUGUGGUGUUUGAUGUAACAUCCUUUGUGGUUUUCAAGUGGCCUUGGCUUGUCUAAAGCAAUUUCCUAUCUUAUGUGUAAUUUGUGGUGAGUGUCUCAGGCUAUGGAUGCUUUGUUAUGUGUUUGGGUUGUAUUGGGUAAAGAACACUCAGUCUCUGCUUCACAAUAAAAAUAAAAAUAAUUAUGUUA